AUGCCUUCCGUUGUGUCCGACGCCGAAUCAGCUGAGGACUUCGAUUUCACUUGGACUAUCAUAUCGGUAUUCCUCCCGAUUUUACCACCUAAGAUCAAGUCUGUUUCCAUCGAGGAGCGCCGUGACUACGAGGCCAAGCUACACAAUCGGUGCCGAGUGACCGGAGAGAAGUUUGAAGCGGUGGUGAAGCACAUCCGAGAUUCUUUUGAUGCCGACCUCCUCAAGGUGUUUUGCGAGUUGCAGCUGAACGAGGACGUCGUCGAUAUGACGGAGGCGCUGUCUGACAUCAAGUGCCUAUUCAAGAAGGAGCUCAAGAUGAAUCUGGCGGAGAGCGACUGCAUCCGCUAUACGCAUCCUGAAGCUGAGAAAGACUCCAAGGUGUUGUUCCGGCUCAUCGUGGAGAAAGCGACCGAGCUGGAGCGCCAGCACAUCCGUCUUAAGUGUCAGAGACGUGAGGCCUGGAGUGGCGAAGCGAAGCCCAAGGACAAGCAUACGUUUAAGUCGAAGAACAAAAGAUACCAAACUCAGACUGCGGCUAAGUCUGACCAGAAAGCUAGCGCCGGGUCAAACCCGAAGCCCAAGUCCUCGAACAAGCCAAGCCCACCGCCAGGACCCUGUCCUAAGUGCGAUGAGAUGCACUGGCUACGGGAAUGUCCUGUAGCGACCGAAGUGGAGAAAGCUGAGCCGUUGAAACAUUUUCGCAAUGGACGGAAGUCCAAGAAGGCAAAGACCAAGCGACUUGGUUAA